AUUGCAAAAGAGGUGGGGGAUAAAGCUGGAGAAGGACGGGCUUAUGGAAAUCUUGGCAAUGCCUAUCAGAGCUUAGGCGAUUUUUAUAAGGAAAUCGAGUACCAUGAGUGUCAUCUACAAAUUGCAAAAGAAGAGGGGGAUAAAGUUGGAGAAGGACAGGCUUAUGGAGGUCUUGGCAAUGCCUAUCAGUGCCUGAGUGAUUUUCAUGAGGCAGUCGCAUAUCAUGAGCAUCACCUACAAACUGCUAAAGAAGUGGGGGACAAAGCGGGAGAAGGAAAGGCUUAUUGUAAUCUUAGCAAUGCCUAUCAAAGCUUAGGCAAUUUUCAUAAGGCAAUUGAGUACUGUGAGCGUGACCUACAAAUUGCAAAAGAAGUAGGGGAAAAAGCUGGAGAAGGAGGGACAUAUGGAAAUCUUGGCAAUGCCUAUGAGAGUUUAGGCGAUUUUCACAGGGCAAUCGAGUACCAUGAGCAUCGUCUGCAAAUUGCGAAAGAGGUGGGGGACAAGGCUGGAGAAGGGCGAGCUUAUGGAAAUCUUGGUAAUGCCUAUCAGAGCUUAGGCGAUUUUCGUAAGGCAAUCCAGUACCAUGAGCUUCGUCUACAAAUUGCAAAAGAGGUGGGGGAUAAAGCUGGAGAAGGACGGGCGUAUGGAAAUCUUGGCAAUGCCUAUCAGAAGUUAUGCGAUUUUCAUAAGGCAAUCAAGUAUCAUGAGCAUCGUCUACAAAUUGCAAAAGAAGUGGGGGAUAAAGAUGGAGAAGGACAGGCUUAUGGAAAUCUUGGCAAUGCCUAUUUUAUGCUUAACCACAUCUCUAAAGAUCGAGGUUCAUUUUUGAAAGCCCGUGACUGCUUUAGUUCCAGUUUGUCAAAGUUGAAUGAAAUAAGGACUCAUCUCCAGUUUAAUGACGAGUGGAAAAUUAGCUACCGCGAUACGUAUAACAAUAUAUACAAUAGUUUGUGGUGUCUCCAUUUAAACCAAGGUGAAGUUAAUGAUGCCUUGCGUGUUGCUGAGGAUGGAAGGGCGCAGGCUCUAAAAGAUCUCAUGGAAGAAAAUUAUGGGUGUCAAGACGUAUACUCUUGGUCUCAUUCCUCAGAAAAGUCGACUGGUUCCUCUCUUAGAUCCAUUCAUUCGACAACAGUUUUCAUAGCUCUCAAUAGACAAGAAAUAAUUUUCUGGGUCAUAAGGAAAGAUGAAGAAGUCACCUUGAGGAGAAGAGAGGUAAGAGACUAUGUUUCCGAAGAAGACGUGAGAACUUUCCUUUCGACUCUACACCAUACCACCUUGGACGAAAUUGGUGUACGUGCUGGCGUUAAAAUCGAAAAUCGCUCACUUGAUGAGUCACGUGAGGUGGGGUGCACGACUGACAGGGCCCCUGUCAAUAUUUCUCGGCCUCUUUCAUCACAGGAAAGCUUAAAGAGCUUUUUUGACCUUAUCAUUGCUCCUGUUGCUGACCUGGUUCAUGGAAAUGACCUCGUUCUCGUUCCAGAAGGUCCAUUAUGUUUGGUACCCUAUGCAGCACUGAUGAACCCAAAACAGGAGUAUCUGUGCGAGUCUCUAAAGAUCAGAUUGAUUCCGUCCUUGACCACUUUGAAAUUAAUUACCGAUUCUCCAGCUGACUGCCACAAUAAGACAGGCGCCCUUCUCGUGGGAGAUCCGUACCUAGAGGAAGUUCUCUAUAAAGGGAGAAAGUUGUGUGAGCUGCCAUAUGCAAAGAAAGAAGUUGAGAUGAUUGGAAGAAUCCUAGGAACGGCUCCCCUCAUUGGAAAAAUGGCGACUAAAGGAGAAGUCUUAAAGCGACUAUCCACGGUUGCUUUGGUGCACAUCGCCGCACAUGGCAAAAUGGAUACAGGAGAAAUUAUUUUGGCCCCAAACCCUGCUGAGGAAUCCCAUCAUCCUGAGGAGAAAGACUUUUUGUUGACGAUGGCGGAUGUAUUGGAAGCUAAGCUGCGGGCAAGAUUGGUUGUGUUGAGUUGCUGUCAUAGUGCUCAUGGAGAAAUAAAGGCUGAGGGAGUGGUUGGCAUUUCUCGAGCAUUUUUAGGUGCUGGGGCUCGGUCCGUUUUGGUGUCCCUCUGGGGAAUCGAUGACGAAGCCACUUUCCGGUUCAUGAAACAUUUCUAUAAAGAACUAGUUAAAGGAAGGAGGGUCAGUGAAGCUCUUAACCAAGCCAUGAAAUGUAUGAGAGAGUCUGAAGAGUUCGGGGAAGUAAAGUACUGGGCACCAUUUGUUCUCAUUGGGGAUGAUGUCACUCUGGAGCUAAAUGGAACUGAUUCAGUUUAGUCGCCGCUGAAUGUAAAUAUAACUUGUUUUGAUAAUUUCCUUUAAUGCUCUUAAUACUCUUAAAGUGCUUAGUCUUGACGUCAAAUUUUACACACUUCAUUCAUCUGCAUUCUCUAUUGCAAUAAGACUCUCUUGCAAACCCAUCCAAAUUUCAUUUCAUUUCAAGCCACAGGAGAUAUAUUUGUGGACUGUUUCAUACGAGAUUUUGCGGCCGCCAUUGUUUGGCUUUGCUCCAGAACCUGAUUGCGAUUUCAUAGGAAUGGGCGUUCAAGGAUGAACGCAGAAAACUCACCUGACUAACUCUAAUAAGAUGAUAACGAGGUUCCUUACUUUAUUCUGUACAUCAUAUUCCCGUCAAGAAGAUAACACAGCUAAGUCUUUUAGAGGCUUGAGACAUUGUGGAUAGAAAUUGUUGAGUUUUCUAGCCACUGUAUAAAGCAGUACAAAAUGUACUCCAGCCAACAAAAAAAACAAUCGAUCAAACAAGGAAAAUGUAAAGAGGACAGUCAGAGUUUUAAACAAACUGCAUGGUGAUUUCCUUUAUUUGUCAAAAUACAAGAAGUUUCCAAUGGUGUUGUUCUUUUUCUACCCAUAGAUGGUCGCUGCCCGAAGAAGAUAAAUGAAAACUACAAUUGUCAUUGUCCGUCAGUUAAGAUUAACAUGGGAAUGGAUCUUGAUGUGAUAAACCCUUUCAGUGCCAUGGCCGGUACUAUUCUGUAUUUCAAACAGCAUGAAAUAAAUCAAAAUUUAGGAGUUUGGAAAUAAUCUGGCUCUCUUUGCAUAGCAAAAGAUCAAUGUUACUAGGAAAAUUUUUUUUAUCUGCACAUGUUUGACAAAUCGUAACAAACCAUAGUCACUAGUUGAAUUUUAUAUGUUGUAACUUAAUCAAAUUUAGGAGUUUGUAUAAAUAAUCUGGUUCUAUUUUAACAAUAAGAGUUUAGGUUUAAAAAGAUGAAUGUUAGUUGGCAGAAUUUUUUUUUUUUGAUCCUUUAGUUUGCUCUUUGACAAAUCAUAACAAACCAAAAGUCACUGGUUUGAUUUUAUAUGUUGUUAACAGUUUAUCAAAUUUGAUAAUCAACUUGAUAGAAUACAUAAUAAACACAUGAUUUAACAGGGUAUGAAAAAUAUAUUGGUUUUAAAUUUAAUAACAAGUAAGAGUUUAGGUUUAAAAAUGCGAGGAUGGACAAACUUUAUACAGGCAGCGGAGGGAUCUACUGAACUAAUUUCAACUUAUUAAAUUUUAAUUGGAUUGGUAUUUUGAUUUUUAGGUUGUUAUAGCUUACUUAGAAUAUUCCUGUAUACUGUUUUUCAUCGGCAGGUGUUGUAUAAGUUGACUGUUGAUAUCAAACAAGUAGUUGAAUGAUUGCUCAUGUUUAUUUUAGAAUGCAAGUAACUAUUUUAUUAAAGGAAGUGCUUCGACUUCAGCAUUGGCUUUUAAGUAUAAACGCGGAGAAUUAUUGAAUUGGAGUAGUUUAGAGAUUUGUUUUUGGUAUGGUUUUAGGGUACACGGAAAUGACCUACUUCAAAUUAAUAUGCAUAUGCUAGAACUGAUUUGUUUUAAAGUACAAUCUUCCCUUUUUGGACGUACUUUUUUAAUUGAGAAGCCGAGUCAUUAUUUUUGAUAUUCACUCAUUUGACCUAAUACCAGUCUUUCACAGGCUAUUUCUUCCUGGAAUUUUUAUAAUCACUGAUUUAGUACCAUGAUCUGAAGUUUUGUGUUUUUUUUUUGCUACUUUAACCCAAGCCAUGCCAAACCAAUGUUUACACUAAUAAUAAUGGCUAUUGUUUUACAGCUUGUAAAAAUUCCAAUUGAAUGGAAUCAUUACCAUCAUGGUUGGCAUUACUAUCCCUUCUCCAAAUACAAACUGUUUACUCUUGUUGUAAAUUAUUGUCACGCAACUACCUUUAAACAGUGUUUCUGUAAACAUAUCAAUGUUACAGUUACAUGAAUUUCCUUAAAGUUGUACCUAGUAAUUUUUAUAUUGCUCACGUUCGUUUAUUUUGGCCUGGAGACCCGCGAAGGACAGCGAACCUUUUAACAUGAAAAAGAUUUUAACGAUGUUUAUUUGAUGUUAGGUCUUUAUGCUGAUCAUCUCUUUGGACAAGCGCAGUUUGGUUACAACCUACUGUGCAAGGCACUACGUAAGCAUAAAUUAAGAACAGGUGACAGUUUGGUGACCGACUGUCAAUCUCCUGAUAGUACUAGGCUAUUUGGUCAUUUUAAAAGAACGUGAGCAACAUCCUCGUAGGCAGUGGAGCAGUUACCAGCUGAAUAGUUGAGUUGUCAAGUUAAUCUUAGCAAGUUGUACUACAAUACGAGCCAUUAAACAAGUGUGACUUUACAGCUGCAGUUCACUUUGUUUGGUAGUUCACCUAGUUCCCAACUAAAAGGCUUCUUCACAGUUGGCAAUAUAUGUUUCCCAAAAGGACGUUCGGUCCAAUAAACGUUGAACUUUUCAGGUGGGUGUCGGUGGCUAAUGGAGGAUAUUUACCGAAUGCACCCUCUGAUUGGCUACUCAAACGCCGUACAGCCUUUGCUAUCUACCUCCAAGCAACUUGCGCUGGAUUUGCCCACGAACAUAUUGUAAUUGUUGCAGGAAUAAAUAUCAACCACUAGCCACCUCCACUUUGGUGAAGAGUUGUUAGACGUUUGAAGUUUAAUUCCCUGAAGUGAUUGGAUGAAGAAAAACAAAACCAAAAUAAUCAAAAAGUGUUUUCAAGAAAGGGUAUCCCUACAAUUCUUUUUCUGAGCACUGCUCUUAUUAAUCAUAUCCCUGACAAAUUACUUUAUGGGCAAGUUAUUUGAAACCUAGAUGAAAGAGUAAUAUCGAAGGCAUGUGAGGUUUGGUUUGUUAAUUUAUUUCUAAUUGAGCAAACAUAAUACUCCUGAUUGGCAAAGGUUUUUCUCUUGGUAAAAUAGUGAUCAUAUGUGGUGGCUGCUUGAAAUGAAUUCUUCAGGAAAAAUUCGUCUUCAGAUAUUUUUUUUUAUGUUUGUGCACGAAUUAAAAAGACAAAAAGAGAAAAUGUCAAAUGAUCAGCAAAAAUGGAUGGGCAAGUCAGAUAUAUCUGUGAUGACAGCUGAUCACAGUGUAAUAAAGGUGUGAAAGUGUCACCAGAGAUCAGCUGCAUAUCAGCUGUUAGAGCAUUAUGGCAGUGUGAUCUGCUGUAAUAUUUGUGUUAGACCCAAGGAGCUCCAUUCAAAGGGAUGCUCAGAGUGUAACCUGAAAAGAGAUGUCUAGAACUCAACAAACAUAGAUUUUAUUCUUCUGCCAGCCCUUUAAGAAUUAGAGGUGAAAUAUCUACAGCAGUAACUGUGUUUGCUGCUGCACUUGGGCUGCAGAAAGUAACCUCAAUCUGUUCAAGAAUUGUAUUCCACUGAGUCGAAAUUUUGGCAUUGGGCACUCUUUUGCCCUUACUGUGAUUACUGAAAAUAAAAUACACAAAAAGAUUCAAAGUAAUAAAUUAAUUGGGACUGUGAUGCUCUCCAACCUCAAAGUGUGUAUUUUUUUUUGUUUCUAUUUUUCAUUUAACAUUUUCAAACCAAAACCAAAACAAAGGUCUUGCUGUUAAACCUUAUUGAUAUUAGAUUAAUUAAGGCUCAAUCAAAAUUGUAAAUUGUGCUGUCCAUGACGAGAAAAAGAUUACCAUGUUCAAAUUUGUCUCAGCUGGUCUCCUUUAAUAGCUAACUACAUUAAAUCAUGGUGUGGCCUUUUCACUCCCAGGAUCAGAGGGCUAACUGAUCACUCAACUGACAACCUUACAGUUUUUUUUCUUUAGUAGUGCUGAGAAUAAGCUUAAGAUUGUUUUAAUGCUCAACCAAAAAUCAUUGUCAAGUUGUCUUUUUGAAGCCAUGCUUAACUAUUGCCAAUAUCAAGAAGCUCAAACAGAGCAAGCAUUGUUUGUUUCUGUGGACUGGAAUAACCCUCAAGAUUUUGGAGAAUCAGAACUACUAGUGUACAAAAAUUUGGAGCCUGACAGAGCCUGAGUACCACCUAAUUACCUUUCUUAGAGCCAGAGACUUUCUGACAGCAGAUGAAAGGUAAUACAUCGAUCUUACCCUUUUUCAUUUCUUUCAAUAAAAUAAAACAAGUGCUGUGGGAGGUAUAGCCUUAAUUUUAAGGAGAGUUACUUCCAAGAUUAUUUCAUUUAAGUUGAUUGUCAUAUUUCCAACAAUCUGGCGAUGAAAAGACUGCCUUACACCUCAUGAGAUAGUUGGCAUAAAAGUGUUAUGAAUUGUUCAUGAUAAGGAUUGAUUUAUUUUCUUUCAUUUGUGAGUAAGACAUAGCAGGAUAAAACAAUAGUGCAGUGUACCUUAGUGCAGGAAGCCUCCCUUCAUUAAUCCUUUGGCCCCUAAGAGUGACUAGCAUCUAACUUCUCCUUACUAUAAUGAUCACUCCUGAGUCAAACAUGAAAGUCACGAGAAUAGAACAGAUGAUCACCAACUAGAGCAGCUCUUGACUGUUAAACAAAUUCUCCUUGUCAGCCUCUUUAGAAAUGUAUGGAGAACAGUAUGGAGAAUAUGCAUACUGAUAUUAAGGUGUAAAGACUUACAUGUAACUAGCGCUUACUAAUCCUUGCCAAAUAAAACAAAGUUAAGUAAGUCACCUUUGUGAAUAUCGUUAAAUUAUGAGACAACUUUGAUAUCUUUGCUUCCCCAGCUUGGAAAAAAACAGACAAAUUUCAAUUUCUUACACUCAAUUACUGUUAAUGUCAGACUAAAAGUUAUGGACAUCAGAAAAGGUCAAGGAAUGUUAUGUUACACUUUCUAAAAAGAAAGCAUAUUGAUACAAGACAUAAUAAUAGCAAGGGGAUCAAUUUGUGUUGUUAUUUGGCCUCUAUUGUUUGAUAGUUAUGUAAUAAAAUUGAAAUAAACAAUUGUGAAAUUAUGGCAUUUGUUAUUUCAGAGGUCAAGAGAAAAAGAAAGCCCGGUGAGGAUAUUUUUUUUUAACAUUUAUCAAUUUACUUUGCAACAAAUAAUUCUUGAAAGAUUACUUCAAGUCUUACAUCUUCCAUUUCAAAUGAAUACUCACACAUACUCUUGAAUAAUCUUUGACAAGGCACUUAACCACUUACUUAUAAUUACUUUAUUAAGAUUUUUAUAUCCACAGGUUACUAACAAACUCGUCAACACAAUUAAAGUAGGAACAUUUCAAUUUAUUCUUAAAUAUGGUCUACAUUUAAACCAAGAAGGCAAGUGCUAGAUUUACAACAGAAUGUUAACUUACUUAAACCACAACUGUAAAACAAGAUUAAGAUUUAAACGUUUGUAAAAUUACAUAUGCAUCAUAAAUAAUUUACUAUUCAAUAAAUAAUUACUCUGCAACAACAAGACAAAAACAUAAUUUAGAUGAUCAGUUUAGACAAAACAUUUUUCACAACACAUCUGUUCCUUGAUGUUUCAAUAAAAUACCCUUUUUUAAACACUGACAACUACAUAAGUUUACUGUUGAUACCGCAGAUGGUGAAGAUCUGCAUGUACCCGAAAAACCACCUCCUUCAACUGGAGAUUUUGUUAAGUGCCAACUGGAAAAUGAUAUUAUCCUCUUCUUCCAUAAUGCUAUGAUUUCACAAAAUGUCAUGCAUCUGUAAACAAUUACCAGUAAGUCUACCCUCUCUUUAAGACAUUGGAAAAGUGACAUCACAGCCUCCUUGAAACAAAAUUUCAAUGUUAAACUCUUUGCAAUUAAGUUGUGUUAGGUUAGCUCACUGUUUUCCUUUACCAUUAAUUUAAGCAGAGUACCACUUUUUUUUCAAAUUGACAUUAAGAUAAUGUUCACUGUUUACACAAGACAUGAAGAAGAUCUACCUGAAGGACCACCCCACACAGGCAGUGAUUUGGGUAAGUGUCAACUGUAACGUUUCUUCUAUAAUGCUAUGAUUCCACAAAACGUCAUGAAUGCAUCUGUAAACAGUGAAUAGUCACUCCCCUCUGUACCAAGUUGCAAAAGUGACACCAAACCUUCCUGAAAUACAAUUUUCCUGUUAAACUCUUAGAAAUGCAAAAUGAUUUUCCCUUUAGCCAUUUCCAAUAAAGUUGAUGUUCAUAAUUUUGCAGUGUUACCAUCACUUGGUUCAACGGUAUAACCUCAACGAAACCUUUUCUUACUGACACAAAUAGAAAAUUUGUGCAGUAUUUUUAAUAAACUUGUUCAAACCAAGUAUUCUUUUCUCAUAAAAUAGAUGUUAAAAAAAAAUAAAUAAAAAAAGAAGGGGUGAAAGAAAUGAAAUAGUAAAGUAAAGUAAGUUGUAACCUAACAACAGCUGCCAUUACAACAAACUUGGCUAACAUUUGCUUUAAAUGUCAUUUUUCACAAUAUUAAGAAAAUCUUAAAUUUGUCAUGCUCAUGCAAACUAAAUUACAUUUUAGAAACAAUAUGGGGCCCAAGAAAUAUUUUUCAAUUUGUAACAAAUAGACAUUAUAACAUAGAAAGUAUAGACAAAUUCCUUCUAUUGCAUCAAAAUUUAAAUAAAUGAGAAUGAGAGUGAGCACAGUGAACUAAUGAGUUCUUUAAUCAAAGCUACAAGUGGAUGAAAAUUGUUCAAGCACUUUCCAUGGUAUGAUGUUUUCAUUUAAGACAUACUAAGUUUGUUUCUUACUGUCCAACAGAGAUUGGUUAGUUAAUGACUGUGAAAAUACAUCAUUUGUUUAAUUAGAGCCACAAAUGACAACAUAGUGGCAGUGGCCAGGGCAGUGAACAUGGUGGCCAUACCCACUACGUCACCAUAACUUUUAACUAAAAAUAUGAAAAUGAAAUAAACUGUCUCUCAUUCAUUUUAUAAAUGUCAUUGUAACAGAUGAAUUCAGCUAUAACUGCAAAUAAUAACUUCUUACCAAGCCCAAGGGCCAUACAAGAGAACAUUUUCCUGAGGCCCUUAUAAAAAUAACUGAUGGCCAAUAUUCCUCAGUAGAACUUGAGCAAGCAAAGUUAGCAAGUGAUUCAUUACAUUGCACUUAGACUGAACCCUUUUAAUUUUAAGUUUGAUACCUUUCAAAACAAAAAUAAAUGGGUUAUGAUCGUUUCAGUGGAAACGGUCUGCAUGGAAAAUUACUGAACAAGUAAGAACCAAAUCAGUACUGGUAUUUACCUCAAGACUACCUUGCCAUAAUAGUAAUGCGAAUUAAAGUUAAUCUUCCCAACUGUGGCGGACAUUCCACCACAUAGGCUGAUUUAUGCAUCGGUGCCACUCACUUGUUGGGUAGCGUUUGUAUUACAUUGUACUACCCAACAGCACCCCUCAAACCAGCUAUCUCAGUUUCCACAAUAACUUUGUUCCUUAUUGAAUUGUUGGAAGCCCUAGAGAGCGAAAACAUGGAACGAUUACGAAAAGACAGUUCCAAGAAUUGACAUACAAAUUAGUGUCGAAGGAAAAUCAUUUAAAUAAGAAUUUUGCCAUUCGUUAACAGUCUUUAUCAAUAAGCGUCAGUAACAAUAAAAAAAACAAAUAAAGGAGAGGCGAGAAAGGCUGACUAACAAAAGCAACGACAGGGAUAAUUUUCAUACAACUCCUCGCUGACCAAGCUGCGAACUUCUUUGUACUUACCUCUACUGAAUGAGUUAAAGUCGGUCCUAAAGAAUUGCAAGAAAAACUCCACCCUGCGAAAGGCUAGCUCAAGAUCUCCAAUACAACAUAGAACUUUCACGGCUACUGGUAGGAGAAGUACAAAGCGUUUAAGUUUUACAUGGAAAAAGUUGAAGUGAAGAAUUCGUUAAUCACGAACUUAGAGCUUUACGAUCGCUAAGGCAUUCUGGGAAAGCUACACGCAAGCUCUGAUUGGAGCAAUAAAGAGGUGUGACGGAGGUGUGUCCAUAACCAUGGUUACGAAAGUGAAAUUUCCAAUAUGGCAGAAUACUGCAGGAGAGAAAAUAGUUACUCGUGUAUUUGCAUCGCCUGCAACUGAUGGUAAACAUAAAAUGCGGAUACAUUGCAAGAGCAUCACAUGGAUAAACAGCUCUAUCUCUGAAACGAAAUUUAUUGGCACCAGAACGGUAAGUUAAUAAAAUAUUCACAAUUCUUUACCAAGUAUUAACCCAUCUAAACCAGGUGGCAAAAUUGGAGACCUACUUCUCCUCCAAGUUUCUUAAAGCAAAGGAAUAUUGACAUGUGUUGUUUUAGGAAAUAUUGAAGUCAUCCCAUGACAGUCAAGCUGUGAAUAGUGUAUACAUUUAUCCUAAUACACAGAGCAAGAAUGAAAACCAAGGGCAAGGAGUUAGUUGAGAUUAGCGAUUUAUGCGACGAAUUUUCCAGUUGCAGUCAAUAUCAAUAUCUACUGGAACAACACAAUUCAAACUUUAUUGAGGUUAAAAUAUAAAAAAAACUUUAUUUUAGGAAAUCGAUCAAAAGUUACACAGUUUAUUGAUCAUGAAUGAGAGUUAACAAAAUAAGUACAUUGGUUCUAAAACCCUUCAUAUAUAGUGAUAGCCUAAAACUUACUGAAAUACAAUGCGGUUGCUGGCGCAUAUGUAAUCAGAAUACACUGUAAUAAAAUGAUUAAGAGAUUGCUAAUGCAGGACUUGCUUUAUGAAAUGCCUGAUACCAAAACCCAAAAAACACCCUGGGAUAAAAAUCGGGAACGUAUUCCCCAACCAAAUGCAGCAGCACAAACUCUGGGGGUCAGAGGAGUAAAUUACUGACUAAAAUUGUGAUCAGUACAUUUUCAAAGAUUUAGUAUUGAGCUAAAUACAGUACAACCAUUGAUUCUUGCAAAAAAAUCCUUUACAAUAACCACACAAUAAUUACUGCUCCAAUACAUAUAUGUUGUCAUUAACUGUAACCUGUAAAUAUUAACAGACUUUGUAAAGACAUAUUUUGCUAACUUCCAUUUUAACAAUGUUGUUGUCUCAAAGUAACACUGAUAAGAAGAUUUCAGAUAUUUCAAACCACUCGAUAAUUUAAUAACAUUUAUAUCUGAUAUAUUGGUUUACUAAUGCCUGAGUAACAGAUAAUAAUAUAAUAUUAUCAUUUUUUAAUGGGAGGGAGGGGGGGCAGUCAUAGGAAAGCUUGAAAGUAUCUAUGGAUUGUUUUUUAAGUAAAUUUCAUUAUGGAUAUUGCAGUAAUCACAUGCAUUAAAUUAUUAUUAAAGCUGACUUUCCGUGCUCAUAUACACAUGUAGAGUGACAGAGGAUGGGAAACUAAAUGGAAUCAAUGUUGUUAAAUUGAAGAAAUUUACAAAGUUUCAGUGCAAAAUACAGAUUUCAAUACAAUCCAUCAUUACCUGAAACUACUUCAAAAAUUAUGUAAGAUGAAAGUGGUGAGUUGUUAAUGUCAGCCAAACUUUUGAAACAUAAUUUCCCCUUCAAACAGGUAUCACUAGGAUUUGGAAAUAUAAAAUGAUUAUAGGCAUGCCCACAUUUGUUCAUAAAAAUUACCCUUUACAAAAACAUUUACUACAGUAACUACACUAAAACAAUCACAAUUAAUAGAGUGUCUUAAAAUUUUUUUCUUAAAGUACUAGUUAAUGUUAUUGUAGGAUCAUCAUUUGACACUGAUCCAUUACCUAGAGGAGGAAUUUGGAUUCAGCAAGAUAAGCAAAUGGAAUAAUUUAGGAAAGAACAAUGCAGCACUAAAUUUUAGUCUUUGAGGAAUUGUUAUCAGACUGUAAAAAUGUAUUAAACUUAACAAUCUCAUAAUUUUUUCUUACUUUUUUCAUUACUCAAAUACAUUUUCAUGCAUACAGAAUGAAUGUUUUUGGACACUGCACCACUACUUCCACUACCAGUGUAUGCCAUACUAAUAAUACAUAAUCAUCUGAUAUCUUGGUUUUUAUCUUCUUUCAAGUAGACAGUUAACACUUAAUGCAGCUAGUAUACCAUGGAUAUAUCAAAUCCUUCUUUUUUUUCAUUCCUAAUGCACUAAGUGGUUAGAAUCCAUUCCAAAGUGUCUUGUUGCAUCUUUACUUAAGUUUGUACAUUUGAGCAUAUACCUGCCAGUAUUGCCAACACCAUGCUUCAUUUUUGGUAAAUUGUUGUCUUUGACUGCAGGAGUUUAAUUCACAGACAAAAGCAGAUUCUGUGAUAUGAAAGAAUUUUUGAAAAAUGUUGAUUUAAACGAGAUUGAGCAACCAUAAAAUUGCAACAACCAAUCCAUCCAAGCCAGCUUUACAACAUUAAGUCAACACCAACCCUAAGGUCACUCAUGUAGUCUCAUCUCACAAUGAACCUUGUAAACUUAACUCUAUCCUGACAUGAAUCCCAGGUUCUAGAACUGACCAAACAAACAAAGGAUUUUCUCAAUCCUUAUUAAAUUUUAGAUAGAGGGCAAUGACCAAUUCUUUGUUGUGUUCUGUUUAGGUCUGAAUUUUCUUGGUGUCAUGGCCAUCUUGUAAAAAACAUAAACAUCCAAAGCCAACCUUGUAAAAUCUGACAUCUGAAGAAUUAUAAAAGCUACAAAUAUGAGGAGAAUGUCAUUGUUUACACUGCACACAGGCAAUUUCAAAAAUACCUGACUGCCAGUCCAUAACUGGAUUAAAAUUCUUAUCUCAACACCAGGAGAGAAGCACUGGAAGCCAUAACUUGGUUUAAUCUUAGUAUUUCCCUCUUGAGUGAUGUGAUCUUUUUCUUUCCAUGUGAUAAAGUUCAAUGUCCCAACACUUUUAAAGUUAAUGAUUCUAAACAAGUUUAGUUUAAUUUUUUUGUGGCUAUUAAUGUUCCUGUUGUUUUUAUUGAUUUGUAAUUGAAAUAAGAAACUGCAAGAGAAAAAGUUCUUAGUAAACAGCCAUCUAACAGUGAAAAUCUACAUUUCCAAUCAUAUUUGCAUGUCUUUGCAACAUCCAUGACAAUAAAAUUAUUAAAAUUAAUUUUAGACUAUGUAAUAAUUGAACUCCACAAUCACAAGAGGAAUACCUGAAAGAAAACUUACCUUACGCAUUAGUUUUUAUGUUAAUACUGUGAACUUUGAAGGGAAUUAUGGAUUACAGUAAUAGUUGUUAUUAUAUAAGUCAGGUGGCAGAUCGUAUUAUGAAUUAAUAUCUAAACACCUAGAAGUCAUAUAUAUGCUACAAGCUUUAGAUCUGUUCAUCUCUAAAUAACUUAUUACAUUAAUUAAACAUGUGGUUAAAAAGAAUUAAGCUACCACAUUCCUUUCUGUAUGAUGAUGAUAUUAUUAAGGCUUUCAAUAUUCAAUGUUCCUUUUUGUAAAUAUUAUUAAGACUGCAAUGUGUGUCUAUCAAAAAAAACCAUCACCAAAAAAACCCACUAUAGGUAUCCAUUUGAAGCAUUGUUACAAUGACUGAAACAUAGGAAUCUUAAUAGUUAAUAGAUGUCAACCUUAGGAAAUCAUAAAACUAAAGAUGUCUGAUGUGUUUUGCAUCAAAUCAAUAUUUCACUUCAGAUAUACCAUUUUAAAACUUUCCUGAGCUAAUUUGCGCAAAGUUAUGAGCAUGACGCUUAAAAGCAGAUACCCUAGUGUUUUUACUUAUUUCAGCACCAAUCUGGAAACGAAGAGACAAGAAUCAACAUCAGUUCAUAUAACAUUUAUAUAAUAUUUUGUAUCAAUGAAAUGUGUGAUAUUUUAAUGACAAGACCUAUGCGCUCUGUAGUUGUGUAUUUAACUUUGUCAACCCAAAACAAACAGAGCAUUUAUUAUAUGGAUAUCACAUACAUGUACAUUGCAUUCUACUACAGUACUACUCACCAAAGCUGUGUGAAGCAAACAUGUGAGGCAGUGUGUCCAUUAAACAAGUACCUCCAAAAAUGUACUUUCAGAUCAUUUAAGUAUACAUACUGCACAUCAAAACUGUUGUUAGCACUGGAAUUUUUUUAAAGGAAAAUGUGUCAGUGACAUCUACAUAUAUGUUAUAUGUGUGUGUGUGUCUAAACAAUCAAAUUGUUGUAUUAAAGGCAUCAUCAAAUUAAUACAAUGUAUGGAAAUAUGGGGUCAUACAGAAUUUACUUUGAGGAAAAAUUCAUGUCUCAAGUAUUGUUCAGUGUGGCACACUUGCAUUCAUGCUUAUUUAGAGCAAUAGUCUAACUAACUAUAAUUAAACCAUGAAUUACAAUCAAACUUUCCUUGAAAUACUGUGAAUUUUCGUGAUACAUCACAUUGUUUGAAAUGUAAAUGACACAGAUGAUAAGUCAUGAAAUCGAGAUAACCAAUUCCAUAAUAUAUAAUCUGUGUGGUUUGUGUGACUGAUGGAGUCUUUGUCACAUCUCAAAAGAUGGAUCAUUCCAUGAUUUGGAGAAGGUGAUAUAAAAGGGAAUAUUAAUUGAUUCCUGUGAUUCCAAAAAUAUCAAUUUAAAGGCUUUUGAGAAAUAAAAAUGAAUAGUUUUCAUCCUGUUUGUUCAUUUAGUAGCUUGUGAUGAGGACAUGUUAACUUUUGGCAAUAAGUAUGAAUAUUUUUAUAUUGACUUUUUCCCUUGUUCCUGCAGACAUGCUUAAGAAUAAAGUUUGUACUGAAAUUUAUUCCUCGUCUAGUUGCUUAAAUCAAAAUCAUAUUCAAAAAACAAAUUUCAGAAAGCAAACGAUACUCCAAUGCUUCUUUAAAACUGGUCAAAACCAUUAUCAGCCAAGUGAUUUUUACUGAACAGCAGUCAGUUACCAUUCAAGGAGAAGUAGUGUCCAGAAAAUCACUCUUUUUACUUUGCACCAACAAAAAUUUAAUACAAAGAUAGAAUACUCACUACAGUUUCAGCCUCCUAAGCACUUCCUAUAAACCACAUCAAAUCCUCGCCCUAAAAUAUUGCGUGACGUCAUCGAGCUCAACUUUGACGGGGAAACAAACAUGGCUGCUGUUAAGAACCGUAUCGUUUCAAGCCAGAACUUGCCCGCAGAGCGAGUGCUCACUCAUUUUUUUAACGAAAAUUACAGCCGCCAUCUUGAUUUGUAUGGCAACGGAAGGCUGGGGAGAGAGUAAAAUUUGUACCAGGGGGGCGGCUGACAGUCAAAAAUAAGGAGUGGGGUGGGGCUGGGAGAACUACUUUGACUCCAAAUCAAACAUGGCCUGUCGGAAUAGUUUAAUGUUAGCUGGCGUUAGCAAAACGCCUGCACUGCAGGCUUAGCCACAACAUGUUCCCGAGGAGAAAAAGGCGUCCAAGGACGAUAUCGAUGCGUCUGAAAGAGUUAGAAGUUUGAAAUGAUCGACUGCGUUCGUAGUGAACUCAAAGAAACUGCAAGAGAGUGCCUCUGAUGUCUCGAACAGCUCGAAUCGGAAAACAGGUUUACGGAAUUUAUUUGAUGAACUCUGUUCUUUUCCGCCCUUUCAAUAUGCAUGCAAAUAGGUAUCAGCUCCGAAUUUACGUGAUUAAGACUAGAUCUGAAGAUCCCGCGGUUGGGAAUCGAGCCUUGCCAGAAUCUGACAUGUGUUAUAAUUCUCUCUUGUCAUACCUGUUUUUUUUUUUUAAAGCGAGCUUUCUAACAACGUGUUGUAAAUAAACCUUGAAAGUGGUACAGUUUUCAGCCUCCAAUAUUCCAAACCAAGCUUUAGAAUCAUCGACUGUUUCGACACUAUUAAAUAUUGCGCUUUAAUUAUUACCUCACGUGCGAAAAUAGUGUUGUGUUGUUUUGCAGAUCACGAAGAGUCUUUAAUCGUUAGCUUAAAUCGGGCUGUUUUGUUAACAGCACCUAUACGUUUAGAAAUAUAUAAUUAUAUUUGCACUGAUCUUUAUCUAACAAUCACGAAUGCACAAGGCAUCCCAAGAAAGAAAGAGAGGGUUGUACAUCUCAGCUUUGUGAUCUGUAUUCCAUAAUGUGCAGCAGUAUCAUUUUACUUUUACUCUCAAACUAACUCUUACACUCUCAAAUGAGCCAGCUUUAAUCAGAAUUAAUCAGGUUCAUCCUUUUAUUGGUGGGUACUGUCCUACAGUGAGAGAGGGAUAGGGUUUAACUUUUUUAUUGUCAAAUUGUUAGUGUCCUUUUUUGUUGUUUUCCUCCAAUUUUAAUAAACAGUCAUCAGCAAAAUUAACAGUCAUCAAUAAACCAAAACAAGAUAAAUGAGAGACUACAGUAAGUCACUAAGAGACAGGACUUCCAUGCUUUUUCUUCUUAAAUUCAAAUACCACUUACCUGAAAUAAUCUAACCAUAGUCAUUAUACCAAAACAAAUUGUUUCAUUUCUGAUUGGUCUAUUUUGGAUGAAUUGAAAAGUAACUUGUUAAGUGCAACACAGGAUUUCCAUGCUACACACUGGCUUGAAAUUAAAGCUUUUAAAGAUAACAAAACAACACUAAACGUUUCAGCAGUUGAAAGAUAACAUAAAAAUUCAAUGGGUCCAUCACCCUCUGCAUUCUAAUGAGUGAUCAAAUCAAACAAUACAAUUAUCUUAUUUCAUUUUCUAACUGGUGGAAAAUGUUUUGAGGAAUGUGCUCCAGGAAUGUACAAAGAGCAGUAUUUGUAUGAGGUUUUGUUUAGAACAUAUCAUAUGUAAAAACAUAUUAAUCGGCUCUGACAUUUCAUAAUUUAUUGUUACUCAUUAUAUGUUUUGAAAGUUUUCCAAACAGCACUCCAAUGGCUAGUUUAUUAACCAAAGCUUUUUUAAACAUCACUCAUGCUUUUAAAUUAAGAGAUGUACUUGAGCUCAUGGGAUUUCCCUCAGAAAAACAUGAGUGAUUAAAUUAGAUUUGUAGAAUUGAGCAAUAGAAAAAAGGAAUGAAAUUCAUCAUAUUUGGAAGAUGAUGCUCAUGGAAUGGUUAUGUUGUCAUGCUGUUAUAUACAUUUUCAAUCUGCUCCACUGUGCCCACAUGUGCCAGUUCCUGCAAGAACACACCAACAGCUAAGGAAAUCGCACAAGAACAAUGAUAUUAUAGAAUCCUUAAUCUAUACACAUACAUUCCCUAUUGUCUGUUCUUAACCAUUUACACUUUAACAUUAUUAUAUAUGCAUAUUCUCCAUAUUUUUUUCUUUGUCUUCUGACGUGGAGAAUUUGCUCAGCAAUCAAGAGCUUUUUUUUUUUGUUAAUAAUCAUUCCCCCCUAUUCUCAUGACCUUAAUGGUUAAUUAAGGGAUGAUAUUGUAAGGUGAAAUUAGUUCCAAGUUACUAUUUGGGGUUUGAGUAGUAGAGUUAGUUAAUGUUCAAAUGAUAGAAAACCUAGUGUGCCUGGCUUUUUUUUUUACUUGCUAACAAGGCGUUAGUAAAAUAGGGAUUCUUAUCAUUAAAAAAAUAUCAUAUUUUUUCAUAUUUUUUCAUUUUUUAUCUCUCUAAAGUUCUCUUCGUAUUUGAUGAUUUAUUUUUGUUGCAGGCAAAGAGAAUUUAAGUAUAGAGACUUGAAAAAGGAGAACUGCACCUAUUGCAGCAAAGUUGAGAGACAGAAGAUGUCAUGGGGGACCCAUUCCCUUUUUGUCUGGAAUACUUGAAAAGAAUGUAUUGGGAGUCUCUGUGCUCGUUUUGAAUUUGACUAUUUAUAGUUUUUUUAAUUUGUUUUGAUUUUUUAUUUACUCGGAAAAACUAACCUUGUAGAAUUGAUGAAUUAAAAGCAAAUUAUGGUCAAUGUGAAUAUGUGACAAUUACUCAUACUUAGUAUAAAGCUUAUUCUAAAAUGGUGACCAUUUUAUGAUUCCAUUUUAUGAUUCCAUUUUUAGUCACCCCAGAUAUGGUAAUGUCAUUUCCUUUGUACAUUUCCAGUUUUUAAAAAGUGAGAUUUUAUUUUAAAACUGAAAUAGAAGGCAAUAUGCUGGGUAGUUGAACCCAUGAACAUGUUCAACCCCAGAAAUAUCAGGCACUGAAAAGAUUACUGGGUAUAUGAUCAUGAAAAAGUCAAGUUUCAUCCAUUGGUGGCUUGUUUUCAAACUUUUAAAUUCUGAUCAUGACACUUGGUUGUCAUCUGAAAUCCAAUAGCUUUAAUGUUUGUGUCUCAGUGUCUCUGUCCUCUGUUGCUGAGCUGUCAAAGUGGCAGUCCCAUUGUGCGAUGCUGAUAAUGAUUUGUUUCUUACUGUGGCUCUCUUUGCUGAGCUUUUGGAAAGAGCAUGUUAUUAAUUAAAAAUACCCAUAGUUCAUUUCACCUCAGUUGGUUCUUGUAACAGAAAGGAGUACAAAACCCCACUUACACUCUAACACACCACAGGAAGCUCAGGCUUGUACAAUAAGAGUCUGUCUGUAAAUAUAUAAAUACUGUAAACUCCUGCUCAUAGGUGCCCUCGCCCCCCGAUAAAAGCCCAUCUUUAGCUUUUCUUGUUUUCUUGUUUUUGUAAAAUCAAAGUAGGAAAAGCCCCGGUGCUGUGACUGGGACAUGGAAAUUUCAUUGAUAGAAGAGCAAAGAUGAACUUCAAGAGAAAAGUUUGAACUUAAGUUUUUUUUAUGUACCAGUUUUGUUUUUGUUGCUAGUAUUAAUUCUGUUCCCAAUGUAUUGAAAUUAAUUUGAUAUAUGACUUUUUAAAGGUUAAUUAAAAACGAGUAAAUGCUAAACGUAUUUUGAUCAGCACUGCUAUAGCUUUUUCUUUUCCGGUUUUGCAACCCUUGGGUAUAAGUCCUUCUGUUUAUAAGCCCUCCUAAAACCUCCUACGAAGUAGUAAUCCCUUAGCUUACAGUAUAUUUGGCUUGUGGAACUUUAAGGAUUUACAUCAGAAGGGAUGGUGGUAUUUUCAACUCAAAAGUUUAACUCUUUUCUGAUUAAAAAUAAAGUUAAUACCCCCUCUUUUUUCGAAUUUUCAACUGCUUUGAAGCCAAUUAGCUUUCCGUUUAAAGAGGCAAGAGAGGGAACUAAAAACUACUUAUACGACCGUAAAACAGCCCCAAAGAAACUCACAAGAUUCAACUGAGCAAACAGCGUAGAGACAAGUGAAGCUUGUUUUUAUUCAAAACUAUUUCAAAUUUCUGGGUUAAAAAUGCAACCGGUUCAUUCUCGGAGAAAUCCCCACAUUUCGCUCGUCGGCUAAAACAAGGAGGCUCAUUGUGCGAGCUUGGACUACCUGUGGACCCAGUCACGCAUUCAGUGUGCAACUUGAAAACAAGAAAAGGGUAGGAUUCCCUUAAAUGCUUCAUUUAUUUUAAUGGGUGGGGAGAAUGGGGGAAGGGGGGAGGGGCUGAUGUUAGCCUUAAUUCUUGUCACGCACUUGGUUGAUGGAAAUAUGCAAAAGAGGGAUCAGGAAAUCGUGACCAUCGACUUUAACUCGCCCGGUCCUUUGCUUCUCUCUAUUCUUACUUUGGGAAAAUCUAUCGGUUUGACUUAUCUUCGGACAAUCAUGAAAAUGACAACGAUCUAACCAAGAUAAACGCAAAUCAAAUUUACUCACUAAAUAAAUAUAGGGAUCAGAGGAAUGUAAGCGUAAAUUAAGGCAAAGACCUCAACAAGUGGUCGCGUGACAGUAAGGAAAUUUAAAUUCCGUUGCCAAGUCAUGUGAUUAUUUGAAUUAAGCUAACGUCACGAUUACAUAUUUAAACUCUAGGAAUCAAAGGAAGCGAUCAAUCGAAGGUCAUUCGUCUUCCGCCUCCUCUCGAUUGUAAAAGUGCUCCACAGUUACCUACAAACCAUUUAGUUUUACGCCUUAGUCGAGAGAAAAAAAACUUUAGCUGUGGGCGAAUUUUCCCAAGGACUUCGAGUAACGGAUUGGUUGAAUCCUUACCUCUGUGUUCCAGGUAAGACUAAGUGCAGUAGUAUAGAAGAUAUUUUGAUGACGGUCGUUGUUUGCCAGUACCCCCAAUUGCAGUGAUGUCCCGAACAACCUGCUUCAGUAGAACUAUCAUCUUGUUUACAGUCGUUUGUAAUUCUAAUAAAAUACCAAAAGCGAAGCAAGAUUAAGUGAGUCGAGUCUGACGAUAACGUAAGGGUUCAGGAUGUUCGAUAAACAUUCGAGCGCGAGGUCGUUACCUUUCGUUUUGUCAGAAAUCUCCAUGAUAAACUUCUGAGCGCAUGAACUAUUGUCAAAAUCUUUGGAAUGAGACGUACUUGUGAAAAGAUCGGCUCGGUAGCUCGCUAUGCUGGCAUGUAAACCAUUUUCAGAACAAACUAAGCGUGUCAUGAACUCAAGGAAGCGAGGUGUUGUUAUGUUGAUCAAGCGGUUGCAAUAUUUCCGUAGGUUGCUUGUCUUCGCAAACCUAUCGCUUUUGUCUCUCUUGUCGGCUGUUAAUCAUGUCUAACGCAUGUAAUGAGUGUGUUUCACGUUGUGUAGACGUUCAUAAUUUGAUUUGAGCGUUUAUACACUCACAUCGACUCGUAUUAAAGAGUUUACAAAUUGACUCGGUUUUAAAAAUAUUUCGCCAUGUUUUCUGUAAUAGCUUUAGGUAAGUGGCACCAAUAGAUAUAAUCAAAGGACGCAGGGGGAAACUUCUAAAUCAGAGUAAUCGAGAAGGCAUCCUUCUUUCUUUCUCUGGAAUAUUGAUUGUGUUAAAUCCACGUCAUGACUUUCAUUUUCAUUUUCACUUAAUGAAGGGAAAUUCUCUCUGCCUCUGGUCGCUUUCAGCUGGGAAUUUUCCCUUAUUAUACUUACGGCUAUUCAAAUUGAGCCGCAGCUAAAUUCUUUAAUUUGAACUUAAGAUUGUCAUGUAAAGCAUGUAAUCACGGAAUAAAGUUCAUGAGAGAUUAAGGUGUGCAAAGAAACCUCCAUUUUUUUCUUUUGUAUUGUGGCUUGUUUAACUUGAAGUUCAACUGAUAAAUUUGGAAAAUGAACUGAUCGCUGAAGCGCUCGGCGAAGACAAAUAAUAUUUUAUUUGUGUUCUUUUUCAGUUAAGGAGGUUCCUCAAAGCAAGAGAGGUCACGAUCGUGAACAAGACAGCUCUUCAGGUUUGUAAACACUAAAUAUGAACAUAAGCUCUUCUCUGCAAUGAAAUCUUUCAUGCUUAGAGUAGAGCUACGCUGAUUUGCAAGUUAACUGUAAAUACUGAUAAUGACAUUAGAUUUUGUUUAAAAUUAAAAUUAGUACAACGACAUGAAGAUGGAGAGACAAGAAGCUUGAUUAUGCUGCAAAUAUUGUAUGGCUUUGAAAGCCAUUAACUAGAGCCUAACCGGAAAAAACUGCGAGUUAGUCUGCUGUCAUGCAUCACUGGACAUCAAUAGGUUUUGUCCCAUUCACAACAAAGCAUAAGCAUGUUUCAAAGCUGUUUUGUCAAACAUUUCUUCAUACAGGAGCUGCUCUUACCAAUGUUUGUCGACUUCAAAUGUAGUACAUAUUGAAUCCUACGGAAAAUUCAGUUUUUUGGUUAUCUCUUUCUUAUUUGCAUUCGAUUAAGCCCGGUUUAGAGGAAGUUUAUUUUAACGAAGUUUAUUUCGCUACGCAAACUUUCUCUGUUACCACUAGAACACAGAAAGGUAUUGAAAGACUUGGUAUUUAUUUCUAAUGAUAAUCGGAGUGAUUGAAGUCCUAUAGGCCACUUCCGAGGUUCAGUGAUCUGGUGCCGAAAUUACGGCACAAGGACGAUGCUAAGAGCAAAGUCGCUCUCAUCGUUACUUCUUACCUUCGUUUGGUCCUUCGGGAAAAAAAAAUUCGAUGAGAAACACCAGAGCGCUAAAACUGUUGUAGAAACCUUUGGAAAGAGACGUACUCGUGAAAAAUUCGGCUCGGGAGUUCGCUAUGCUUGCAUGUGAACAAUUUUCAUAACAAACUAAGCGUGUCGUGAACUCAAGGAAGCAAGGUGUGUUAUAAAUGGUUAACAAUAUAUGAAAGUCAUAUAUUUGAACUGCGGAUAAAGACGUGAAUGAAAGUGAUCCUCGCAGUAAUGUGCACUACUUAAGCAGUAGUGAAAAUAAGGCCUGAAAAAAAUUCAGGCCUGUACGGGAUUUGAACCCAUGACCUCUGCGAUACCGGUGCAGCGCUCUACCAACUGAGCUAACAAGCCAACUGGGAGCUGGUCAUGAAGUUGGUUCUAAAUAAACCCGUGAAGUGAUGAAUAAAUGGUUAACAAUAUAUGAAAGUCAUAUAUUUGAACUGCGGAUAAAGACGUGAAUGAAAGUGAUCCUCGCAGUAAUGUGCACUACUUAAGCAGUAGUGAAAAUAAGGCCUGAAAAAAAAUUCAGGCCUGUACGGGAUUUGAACCCAUGACCUCUGCGAUACCGGUGCAGCGCUCUACCAACUGAGCUAACAUCAAGGUCAUGGGUUGAAAUCCCGUACAGGCCUGAAUUUUUUUCAGGCCUUAUUUUCACUACUGCUUAAGUAGUGCACAUUACUGCGAGGAUCACUUUCAUUCACGUUCAAGGUGUGUUAUGUUGAUCAAGCGGUUGUAAUAUUUCCGUAGGUUGCUUGUCUUCAUAAAUCUUCCGUUUUCAUUUCUCUCUCAUCCGCUGUUAACCAUGUCUAACGCAGGUAAGUGUGUUUCACAUCGUGUAGACCUUUAUAAUUUGAUUAGACCGUUUAUACAGUCACAUCGACUCUUAUUAAAGAGUUUACAAAUUAACUCGGUUUUUUAUUUCGCCAUGUUUUCUGUAAGAGCUUUAGGUAAGUGGCAUCAAUAGAUAUAAUCAAAGGACGCUGGGUGAAGCUUCCAAAUCACUGUAGUCGAGAGGGCAUCCCUCUUUCUUUCUCUUGAAUAUUGUCUGUGUGAAAUUCAAGUCAUGACUUUCAUUUUCAUUUUCACUUAAUGAAGGGAAAUUCCCUCUGCCCUCGGUCGCUUUCAGCUGGGAAUUUUCCCUUUUUAUACUUACGCCUAUUCAAAUUGAGCCGCAGCUAAAUUCUUUAAUUUAAACUUAAGAUUGUCAUGUAAAGCAUGAAAUCAUGGAAUGAAGCUUAUUAUAGAUUAAGGUGUGCAAAGAAAGCCCCGAUGUUUUCAUUUGUAUCUUGGCUUGUUUAACUUGAACUUCAAUUGAUAAAUUUGGAAAACGAACUGAUCGCUGAAGCGCUCGGCGAAGACAAAUAAUAUUUUAUUUGUGUUCUUUUUCAGCUAAGGAGGUUCCUCAAGGCAAGAGAGAUCACGAUCGUGAACAAGACAGCUCUUCAGGUUUGGAAACACUUAAUAUGAACAUAAGCUCUUUUCUGCAAUGAAAUCUUUCAUGCUUAGAGUAGAGCUACACUGAUUUGCAACUGUAAAUACUGAUAAUGACAUUUGAUUUUGUUUAAAGACGUUUAUAAUUUGAUUAGACCGUUUAUACAGUCACAUCGACUCGUAUUAAAGAGUUUACAAAUUAACUCGGUUUUUUAUUUCGCCAUGUUUUCUGUAAGAGCUUUAGGUAAGUGGCACCAAUAGAUAUAAACAAAGGUCGCUGGGUGAAGCUUCCAAAUCACUGCAAUCGAGAGGGCAUCCCUCUUUCUCUCUCUGGAAUAUUGAUUGUGUUAAAUCCAAGUCAUGACUUUCAUUUUCAUUUUCACUUAUCGAAGGGAAAUUCCCUCUGCCCUCGGUCGCUAUCAGCUGGGAAUUUUCCCUUUUUAUACUUACGUCUAUUUAAAUUGAGCUGCAGCUAAAUUUUUUCAUUAUAUCAUUAAAUUUUUGUAUAAGGCAUAAAUUAUCCCGGAAUAAAGCUUAUUAGACAUUAAGGUGUGCAAAAAAGUCUCAGAUUUUUUCAUUUGUAUUGCAGCUUGUUUAACUUGAACUUCAACUGAUUAAUUUGGAAAAUGAACUGAUCGCUGAAGCGCUCGGGGAAGACUCAUAAUAUUUCCCUUUACGUUCUUUUUCAGCUGUGGAGGUUCCUCAACGCAAUAGAGAUCGCGAUCGUGAACAAGACAGCUCUCCAGGUUUGAAAACACUGAAUAUGAACAUUAACACUUUUCUACAAGUAAAUUUCUCAUGCCUAGAGUAGAGCUACAUAUUUGCAAGUUAACUGCAAAUAUUGAUCAUAACCUUAAAUUUUGUUUGAAAGUAAAAUUAGUACAACGACAUGAAGAUGGAGAAACAAGAAGCUUAUUGAUGCUGCAAAUAUUGCAUGGCUUUCAGAGCUGUUAGUUGGAUACUAACGGGAAAAAAACUGCGGGCUAGUCUGCCAUCUUUAGGUGGAUACUUUCAUCUCAUUUUGCUUAAAGUGAAGUAUCAUUAGCGUGAAACAGGUUCAUACCCCAUUCAUAACAAAGCUUUAAAAUGUUUCAAAGCUGCUUUGUCAAACACAGUUUAAAAUAUUUUUCCGCAUAGGAGCUUCUCAAACCAAUAUUUUUUUGAACUUCAAAUUGAAUGCUAUGAAAAAUUCGCUAUGUUAGUUCUCUAUUUCUGAUUUACAUUCGGUUAAGCCCGGUUUGAAAGAAAUCUAUCUAAAACGAGGUUUAUUUCGCUAGGCAAACUUUAUCUGUAACCAUUUGAGCAUAGAAAGGUAUAGGAAAACUUGGUACUUAUUUAUAAUGGUAAUGAGACUGAGUAAAGUCCAUAAGGCCACUUCCCAGUUCUCGCGGUUCAAAGAUCUGGUACUGAAGUUACGGAGCGAGGACGAGGCUAAGUGCAAAUUCGCUCUCAUUGCUUUAAGGUUUGUCCUUCGGGAAAAAAUUCAUACGCGUGCUAAUUUCUCUUAAAUCCUAACAAACUUUACAUCGGAGGAAAGCUUAAUAACUGCAGUUUAUGAUAAAAAAUAAUAUAUAGAUUUAGCCAAGCCUAACAGCGCAGCUCUUGUCAGUUCAUUUUCCAGCCCUUCACUAUAAUAAAGACUGUACUAAAACUCUUCCGUACUGGCUGUCGAAGCGUUUCUCCAAGGGGAUUUAAAGACUAAUCCGGGCAGUGGAGGGGGGGAAGGGGAAAGAAUUGACGGGGGCUGAAGCCGAGGGACGAUGUCCUCAACACACAUGUUAAUUAGCGGUAUUUUUAAGCAGCUGAGUACCUUCGUCAGUGUUCCUGAUGGUUUGAGCAAAUUUUCUAGAUAGGGAAUGUUUUACUCUUCAGAUGUAGUGUGAUGAUGUGAGCAUCAGUUGAAAUAAUACUAACGUCGAUCAAUUUGCGAGCUAUGGCUCCCAACGUGCCUCACGCACCUGUAGAGGACGAAGCUCAAGGACCUCAAAAAGCAACUGUGGAGUAUAUCGCGUUUUUCUUAACGAAAACAGGAAGGGCGGCGAGAAUUUCUUGCAGUUUUCAGUUUUGACCAAAUUUCUGGUGGUUUUGCAGUUUCUAAUAGACUACAACGCCCCCCUUCAAUUAGUUAAUAUUUCUCUUUUUAUAUAUUUAUUUCAUUUCACGUGCUUCUUUUCCGUUAAUUUAUUCAAUAUCAUUUAGCACGCGCAAUAGAAAAGACGAAAAAAGAGGCGAGGAGUAAGAAGGAAUCAGGAGUAAAGAAAAAUAGAAAUACGAGAGCCUGAUUAUUAGAAUUGAAAUCCCCUAUAAAUUAACCGUUUAUGUGACUGUUUAAAUAAGCUCUUGUCAUUCUCUGUAAUCGCCAUGUCAGUACUUGCUUCAAAUUCAGUGUUUUUUGGCGGUGAUGCAUGCAGCACGAAGGUGGUAGCGCGUGGGCCCGCGCGUGGGCCCGCGAUGUAAAAAAAAUGUGCAAAUAAAAUGAAAAAGAGAUGAGCGAUUGCCGUGAAAAUUCUCUUAGCAGAGUCGCUCAGGUACGAGAUUAUAACACCUUCCUGAUUCAUUACCUUUUAUUCCAAGUUACCUUUUCCUAAAUAACUCGGGUGCUUUUGGAGAUUUGAAAAUCUUUUUUCUCGGAAACGUUAGGUACAAUGUUUGAAGUCAGUUAAGUCAAAUAAAAGAAAAAAACGACUUUUCUGGCCUCUGAAGGUAGAAAUUAACCUGAAAGAAUUAAGAUCAAAUAAGUGCUAUGGUGAAAUUUCUCGAAAAUUCAGCGUGGGAGAAUGAAAAAUUAUUUGUGGGAGAGAGGCAUUCAGAUAAGUAACGGAGGCAUAGGAGAAAAAAAACAAAACUGUUUGAUUUAAACAAGAAAGCUGAAGAAAUGAGGCAGAUCCAGCAAGCAUCUUCUGCCAAAGACUGUAAAAACUGUUAAAGGAGACAUUACAAACAAGUGAAGGCAAAUUUCUAGUACCAAAAGUUUUGAUUGCCCGGACGUAUCACUUUUCUAACAAUCCAGAGCUCUCGUCCGACGUCCGCAUGCAGCCUUAGUUGUUGUGAUGUCAUCAUUUAACCGUUGUUUUAUGUCUUGAUGAUUCGUAGCGGGGGCACACUAUAGUUUGCAAAACGAAAUGAAAUGAAAAUCUGUAAUUUGUGAAAUGAACUUAAAUCUGCAAUUUUCGAAAUGGAAACAUUAAUCUUAUGGUCACCAGCCGAAUGCAUCGGUCAAAACUUUUUAAAAUAUUUCUUUUACUCUGGUACGCUUGAACGAAUUGUCAACGGAAACUAAAAAUAUGAAUUCAUUUCACACAUUUAAACGAAUGCUUUUAGUCUUUUAUAAGGGCGGAGGAAUUGAAAAUACUUGAAAAUAAUAAUUUUUUUGUAAAGAUUAAAUUUGAAUUCAUUUGUUUAAUUUUUUUUACGUAUAUCCGUUUGCAACGAAUUAGAUAAAGUAAAGUUUAACUGAACAUGUUUUGUUGAUGUGAAUGGGGUAGAAGAUAAAUGAACCUAUUCCCAGUUCAGAAGUUGCGUUAAGAUUCGUGCACUAUUCCAAGGAAAACGAUCCAAGUGUUGCACCUCCACGAUGACCUGACCGCCUUCUGUUUCUCACUGCCUUCAUCAUUUAAACCUAUUUAAGGCCUUCGGGUCUAUUGAGACCUAUGUUAGGAUAUGUUUGUUUAAGUUAUGGUACUCUGUGGAAUGUAGAAAGGGGGGGGCGAUUUUAAUAUAAGUUUUUCACUUCAAUAUAAAUCUCCCGUGAGCAUAGCUUAACGGCCGAUAAUAAGGCAUAACCUAAAGGCUGGUCUUCAUCUACAACGGAGUCGAAGUCGUUAUUGAGAAAUGCAGAGCAGUACGAUCAAGCUGAAAUCAAACUUGUUUGAUCUUCCAGUUCUGUCUUCAACUCCAACAAUUGACUUUUCACGGUUCAAAGCGGAAUCGGACGAAACCAUUCUCAUUUUUCCGACUCUGAUCCUGUACUUUGAUUCUGUUGAGCUUAUGACUCCGUUCAUGACACUGAUUUUUAGUUUUCACUCAGUCGGAAGUGCUCUAACGACUCCGACUGGGACUGCGAUUCCGUUGCUAAUGUAGACCAGCCUUAAGACAACUUGAAGAGAAGGAUAUCCCGAUAAGAUCAUCUGGUUUUUUUUCCAUAUUUGAAGGAUAAAUCUUGGGUAAGGACUGGAAAAACUUUUGCAAUAAAAUUCAUCGAGCUACAAACACAUUUCUUAGGUUUCCCAUUAAACCGCUGGGUAAAUAAAAAAAAAAGCAUCUACAUUUGAUUGUAGGGAUAUUUGAAUAGAAUUCAAAUUGGAAAGUUGAAAGCAAAUGAAAAUCUUGAUUUCAAAUGAGGAAAGAAACUUUUUGUCCGUUAAUGAUCGCUAUAUUAAUUCUAUUUUCCUCUGAAAAAGGUUUUUUUUUUUUCAUAUCGGUGGGUAGGCGACAAUUUGCAAAGUACCAAAAAGUUAGAGGCGAAGGACAAAGCUGGCGAAGGACAAGCUUUUGGAAAUCUUGGCAUUGCCUAUCGUAGCUUAGGCGAUUUUCACAAAGCAAUUGAGAACCACGAGCGUCGUCUACAAAUCGCAAAAGAGGUGGGGGAUAAAGCUGGAGAAGGACGGGCUUAUGGAAAUCUUGGCAAUGCCUAUCACAGGUUAGCCGAUUUUCAUAAGGCAAUCGAGUACCAUGAGUGUCACCUACAAAUUGCAAAAGAAGUGGGCGAUAAAGCUGGAGAAGGACGGGCUUAUGGAAAUCUUGGCAAUGCCUAUCACAGGUUAGCCGAUUUUCAUAAGGCAAUCGACUACCAUGAGUGUCACCUACAAAUUGCAAAAGAAGUGGGGGAUAAAGCUGGAGAAGGAGGGGCUUAUGGAAAUCUUGGCAUUGCCUAUCGCAGCUUAGGCGAUUUUCAUAAGGCAAUCGAGUACCAUGAGUGUCACCUACAAAUUGCAAAAGAAGUGGGGGAUAAAGCUGGAGAAGGACGGGCUUAUGGAAAUCUUGGCAUUGCCUAUCGCAGCUUAGGCGAUUUUCAUAAGGCAAUCGAGUACCAUGAGUGUCACCUACAAAUUGCAAAAGAAGUGGGGGAUAAAGCUGAAGAAAGACGGGCUUAUGGAAGUUUUGGCAUUGCCUAUCACAGCUUAGGCGAUUUUCAUAAGGCAAUCGAGUACCAUGAGUGCCACCUACAAAUUGCAAAAGAAGUGGGGGAUAAAGCUGAAGAAGGACAGGCUUAUGGAAAUCUUGGCAUUGCCUAUGGCAGCUUAGGCGAUUUUCAUAAGGCAAUCGAGUACCAUGAGUGUCACCUACAAAUUGCAAAAGAAGUGGGGGAUAAAGCUGGAGAAGGACAGGCUUAUGGAAAUCUUGGCAUUGCCUAUAACAGCUUAGGCGAUUUUCAUAAGGCAAUCGAGUACCACGAGUGUCACCUGCAAAUUGCAAAAGAAGUGGGGGAUAAAGCUGGAAAAGGACGGGCUUAUGGAAAUCUUGGCAUUGCCUAUCGCAGCUUAGGCGAUUUUCAUAAGGCAAUCGAGUACCAUAAGUGUUACCUACAAAUUGCAAAAGAAGUGGGGGAUAAAGCUGGAGAAGGACGGACUUAUGGAAAUCUUGGCAUUGCCUAUCACAGCUUAGGCGAUUUUCAUAAGGCAAUCGAGUACCAUGAGUGUGAUCUAAAAAUUGCAAAAGAAGUGGGGGAUAAAGCUGGAGAAGGACGGGCUUAUGGAAAUCUUGGCAAUACCUAUGACAGCUUAGGCGAUUUUCAUAAGGCAAUGGAGUGCCAUGAGUGUCACUUAAAAAUUGCAAAAGAAGUGGGGGAUAAAGCUGGAGAAGGAGGGGCUUAUGGAAAUCUUGGCAAUGCCUAUCACAGCUUAGGCGAUUUUCAUAAGGCAAUCGAGUACCAUGAGUGUCACCUACAAAUUGCAAAAGAAGUGGGGGAUAAAGCUGGGGAAGGAGAGGCUUAUGGAAAUCUUGGCAAUGCAUAUGACAGCUUAGACGAUUUUCAUAAGGCAAUCGAGUACCAUGAGUGUCAGCUACAAAUUGCAAAAGAAGUGGGGGAUAAAGCUGGAGAAGGAGGGGCUUAUGGAAAUCUUGGCAAUGCCUACGACAGCUUAGGCCAUUUUCAUAAGGCAAUCGAGUACCAUGAGUGUCACCUACAAAUUGCAAAAGAAGUGGGGGAUAAAGCUAGAGAAGGAGGGGCUUAUGGAAAUCUUGGCAAUGCCUAUGGCAGCUUAGGCGAUUUUCAUAAGGCAAUCGAGUAUUAUGAGUGUCACCUACAAAUUGCAAAAGAAGUGGGGGAUAAAGUUGGAGAAGGACAGGCAUAUGGAAAUCUUGGCCAUGCAUACUUUCUGCUUAAUGAUACGUCUAAAGAUCGAGGAUCGUUUUCGAGUGCCCUUGAUUGCUUUAAUUCCAGUUUGUCAAAGCUCAAUGAAAUUAGGGCUCAUCUCCGGUUUAAAGACGAGUGGAAAAUUAGCUACCGCGAUACGUAUAAUAGUGUAAACAAUAAUUUGUGGCGUCUCUAUCUAAGCCAAGGUGAAGUUCGUGAUGCCUUGCGAGUUGCUGAGGGUGGACGGGCACAGGCUUUAAAAGAUCUCAUGGAAGAAAAUUAUGGGUGUCAAGAGGUAUACUCUCAGUCUCAUUCCUCAGGAAAGUCAAGUGGCUCCUCUUUUAGAUCCAUUCCUUCAACAACAGUUUUCAUAGCUCUUGAUAGACAAGAGAUCAUUUUCUGGGUUAUAAGAAAGGAUGAAGUCACCUUGAGGAGAAGAAAGGUAGGAGAUAUUUCAGAAGUAGAUGUGAGAGCUUUCCUUACGACUCUACACAGUACUGCCUUGGACGAAAUUGGUGUACGUGCUGGCGUCAAAAUUGAAAAUCGCUCGCUUGAUCAGUUGCGUGAGGGGGAUUGCAUGACUGAAAAGGCCUCUUGCAGUGUUUCUCAGCCUGUUUCAUCGAAGGAGAGUUUAAAGAGGUUUUUUGACCUUACAAUUGCUCCUAUUGCUGACCUGGUCCAUGGAGAUGACCUCAUUCUCGUUCCGGAGGGUCCAUUGUGUUUGGUACCCUAUGCAGCACUGAUGAACCCAGAGCAGAAGUAUCUGUGCGAGUCUCUAAGAAUCAGAUUAAUUCCGUCCUUGACUACUUUGAAAUUAGUUACUGAUUCUCCAGCUGACUUCCACAAUAAGACAGGCGCCCUUCUCGUGGGAGAUCCGUACCUAGAGGAAGUUCUCUAUAAAGGGAGAAAGUUGUGUGAGCUGCCAUAUGCAAAGAAAGAAGUAGAGAUGAUUGGAAGAAUCCUAGGAACGGCUCCCCUCAUUGGAAAAAUGGCGACUAAAGGAGAAGUCUUAAAGCGACUAUCCACGGUUGCUUUGGUGCACAUCGCCGCACAUAGCAAAAUGGAUACAGGAGAAAUUAUUUUGGCCCCAAACCCUGCUGAGGAAUCCCAUCAUUCUGAGGAGAAAGACUUUUUGUUGACGAUGGCGGAUGUGUUGGAAGCUAAGCUGCGGGCAAGGUUGGUUGUGUUGAGUUGCUGUCAUAGUGCUCAUGGAGAAAUAAAGGCUGAGGGAGUGGUUGGCAUUGCUCGAGCAUUUUUAGGUGCUGGGGCUCGUUCCGUUUUGGUGUCCCUCUGGGGAAUUUAUGACGAAGCCACUUCCUGGUUCAUGAAACAUUUCUAUAAAGAACUAGUUAAAGGAAGGAGGGUCAGUGAAGCUCUUAACCAAGCCAUGAAAUGUAUGAGAGAGUCUGAAGAGUUCGGGGAAGUAAAGUACUGGGCACCAUUUGUUCUCAUUGGGGAUGAUGUCACUCUGGAGCUAAAUGGAACUGAUUCAGUCUAG